AUGAAGUUUUUCCUUAAGAUCUACACGGUCGAUGAUUGUCUCAAACUCCAGGAUGAUCUUAAUAGAUUCUCUGCCUGGGCAGAAACUCUUGGUCUUACAUUAAAUGUUAAUAAAUGCCGGUCAAUGAUAUUCACCAGAAGUCGCUCUCCUAUCACUUACUCCUACGUUUUGAAUGGCUCUUGUUUAAUUCCCGUUGAUUCUAGCAUUUGUGAUCUUGGUUUUACAUUUACUUCCUCUCUUUCUCCUCGUGCCCACAUCGAUAAAAUUACUUGCAAAGCUCUCAAGGUUUUGGGUUUUGUUAAAAGAAUAUCUGGUGAAUUUAAACUCACCAGCUCUCUCAAAUCCAUCUAUUGUGCACUUGUACGCCCAAUCGUUGAAUAUGGCUCUAUUGUAUGGGAUCCUCAAACUGCUGAUGCCUGUAUUCAACUCGAACGUGUUCAGCAUUACGCUUGGGUGGAUAAAUCUACAUUUUAA